AUGAAGGUCAUCUUUGGAGCAAUGAAUAUUGGAGAACCGGGUGACGACCGGACUAGGGUGCACAGCGUGGAUGAAGCCCAGCAUAUGGUAGAUACGUUGCUGGAAUAUGGACACAAGGAUAUCGAUACAGCUCGAGUCUAUGGCGAUGGAUCAUCCGAGCAAUACUUGGGUAAAAUGCACCUGACUGGAGUCACACUAGACACAAAACUAUUUCCAUCCGCCGCCAAUCUUAAAGUUGCUAAUGCUGCACAUGCAUAUCGCCACACCGCAAAUGACCUUCGACGAGGGCUUAUGGACAGCCUUGAAGCUCUGCAGGUUUCAAAAGUUCAUAUCUGGUAUCUACAUAGUCCUGACCGAACAGUGUCCCUUGAAGAGACGUUGCAAGAGGUCAACAAGCUGCAUGAAGAGGGAUAUUUUGAGAAAUUGGGUAUCAGCAACUACCAAUCAUGGGAGGUGGCAAAGGUGUGUGCCAUCUGCGACAAGAAUGGGUGGAUAAAGCCAAGUGUGUGCCAGGGUAUCUACAAUGCUUUCCAUCGAGCUGUUGAACCAGAGCUACUUCGCUGCUUGCGGAAUCAUGGUAUUUCAUUUUACUGCUUCAACCCAUUAGCGGCCGGAAUGUUAACAGGGAGAUAUUCUCACAAUGAUAAUGACAGCACCGCGGGAGGUAGAUUCGAUUCCUCUACAGCGCCUGGGAGACUGGGGCGGAUACGUUAUUAUCAUGAUCUUUACUUUGAUGCCCUGGAUUGUAUGAGGCCAGUUGCCAAAAAUCAUGGAUUGAGCGAGAUUGAAUGUGCACUGAGGUGGCUAAAACAUCACUCUCAAUUGAAGGAGGAGCUUGGAGAUGGUAUCGUGAUCGGCUCUAGUAAUAUUCAACAGCUAAAGGAAAACUUGGACGCUCUGCAAGGGGGUCCCCUUCCUAAAGAUGUGGUCGAUGCUUUGAAUGAGGGUUGGAAGAUUAUUAGGGGCAAGGAACUGAUCUAUUGGCACUAA